CCUCUUAGCGUCGGGCGCGGGGGAGGCUCGGCAGACCUGCUGACUGGGAACCGCUAUGGCAGCGACUUUGGGCAGCGGGGAGCGCUGGACGGAAGCUUACAUUGAUGCAGUCAGAAGAAACAAAUACCCAGAAGACAGACCUCCUGAAAGUCAUGACCCCUGUGGUUGCUGUAACUGCAUGAAGGGACAGAAGGAAAAGAAGUCUGAGAAUGAAUGGAGUCAGACCCGACAGGGUGAGGGGAACUCCACUUAUACAGAGGAGCAACUGCUUGGAGUACAAAGGAUCAAGAAAUGCAGAAAUUACUAUGAAAUUCUGGGAGUUUCACGAGAUGCUAGUGAUGAAGAGCUUAAGAAAGCUUACAGAAAACUUGCCCUGAAAUUUCAUCCUGACAAGAACUGUGCUCCUGGAGCAACAGAUGCUUUCAAAGCAAUAGGAAAUGCCUUUGCAGUCCUGAGCAAUCCUGACAAGAGACUCCGCUAUGAUGAAUAUGGGGAUGAACAGGUGACUUUCACUGCCCCUCGAGCCAGACCUUAUAAUUAUUACAGGGACUUUGAAACCGACAUCACUCCAGAAGAGCUGUUCAAUGUCUUCUUUGGAGGACAUUUUCCUACAGGAAAUAUACAUAUGUUUUCAAAUGUGACAGAUGACACCCACUAUUACCGCCGGCGGCACCGACAUGAAAGAAUGCAGACACGGAAGGAAGAGGAAGAACAUAAGCCUCAGACUACAUAUUCUGCAUUUAUUCAGUUACUUCCAGUUCUGGUGAUUGUGAUUAUAUCUGUGAUUACUCAACUGCUAGCUGCUAAUCCCCCAUAUAGUCUAUUCUAUAAAUCGACCUUGGGCCACACCAUUUCUAGAGAAACCCAGAACCUACAGGUGCCUUACUUCGUGGAUAAAAACUUUGACAAGGCCUACAGAGGUGCAUCUCUGCGUGACCUGGAGAAGACGAUAGAGAAGGAUUACAUUGAUUACAUCCAGACCAGUUGCUGGAAGGAGAAACAACAAAAGUCGGAGUUGACCAAUUUGGCAGGAUUAUACAGAGAUGAACGAUUGAAACAGAAAGCAGAAUCGCUGAAACUUGAAAACUGUGAAAAACUUUCCAAACUUAUUGGCCUACGCAGAGGUGGCUGAGAGGCCGAUAGUCCUACGCAGGCUCGGGGUUUUGCUACAUGUUACUGUUUAUGUUCCUAAUUCCAUUUUAUAAUACAAAAUUAGGAAAUGAUGAACAUUUCACAAUUUGCUAACUUUGUUUGGUGGGCAGAGUUGGAGGCGCUUCAGCAUGGAGCCAGACUUGUCAUCACAGAAUCCUUCCUGGGGAUUGGCUUCAGGAACAAGGGGCAGGUCAUCUAAAUUCACGGCCAAGCGUUAGAUGCAGCCCCCUGAGCCGUACCUACCUGCCUCUAGGAAUGUAGUUCACGGCAUCCCAGAGCAGAUUCCUAUUUUCUUCCUUCUUCAGUGAAGUCUCAAUACCCAGUCAUUCCUAGGCUUAGCCAAAGCAGCUUAACAUUGGUUGUUUACAAUGUGCAACGAGAAUUAUACCUCUCCUGCUGUUAGAGUCACCUCUCCACCAGAUCCAGCUGUUGUAACCACUUAGCUUUCCAUUUUCAAAGGGGAAUGCAGAGAAACGCAAACUGUUGUCCACAGUUUUCCAUUUGCCUAAUCUCUGUUCAGUUACUGGCAUUAGCAAACUACCUGAUUUCAGCUCCUUUUACUUUCUUAACCCUCUCUCUUACAGAGGGCCCAGAAAUUAACAGUUACUGAGUAAACAGUUCAAUGGACACACACAAACAGGGGCCAGGGGUAAAGGUAAAAAGCAAGUCUGAGUCAUCAGCUGUUCAGUGCAGUUUCCCUAGUCCAUCAUAGAACCCGGAGAAUGUUCUUUGUCAUUUUUCCUUGCAGCAUCACACUGAGCUGAGUCCGUAUACCCCAUAGAGGUACAGUGGUCAGACCUAAGAGGAGGCAUUCCCACCCAGCCAGGCUGCUCAGACCUAGAGAUAGAGAGGAAAGACCCUUAGUCUGUGGCUUGGGGCCUGGCGGGAUCUGGCGUUGGUAGGAGAUGCUUUUCUCAUGUAGUCAAUGUCUGUUAAGUGCCUGGUAUGGAUGAGACCAUCCGCCCACAGAGGCUACAUGGUUGACCUGGGUCACACAACUGGUUGUGGCAGAGCUAGAUGGUAGGCUGAUUAUCAAGUACAAAGUGAGUGCACAUCCCCCUUGCUCAGGUGAUUCUAACCAUAUUGGUAAAAGCAGAAGCUUUCCCAAGGAUGCCCCUCCUGCACCACCUCCCAGCCUGGGACCUGGUAUCCUUUCUAUGGCAGUUCUGCAUCCACUCAGCACACCUCACUACACCACUUAUCAUACCAAACAAAAAGAGGCAACUCUUCCCACUGGUGACAAGGAAGAGGGAAGCCAUCGCAUGGGCUGUGUGGUUCUGGGACUUCCUGUGGAGGUGAGCUACAGGAUUGAGUUGCCCAGAUUGUAUCAUGAAUCUGAACCUAGAAGGAUCAGUAGGUGACUGUAGUCAACACUCCAUGUUUUUUUCAGGAUGGAAGAAAAGUUCCUGUUGCAAGGAGAGUCUACAUUAAAACUCAUUUCCAAAGUAGAGUUUCUUCUUUCAGUGGCAGAGCCAUUUAAGCUGUUUAAGCAGACGUAUUUAGUAUGGGUCCACCUGGGAGCAUCCCACAGGGUCAGGAGAUGAGUGCAGAGGUAGAGAGUGGGGCUUUGGUGGCUGGUAGGGGACACCUGCUCAGUUCCAGGGAGGGACAGCAGCUCCAGAGAUGGCCAAAUUUUUGUCACCCAACUAGGUCUUAUCUUCUGGGUUUGGGGGGACUUCCUUGUUCCCCCUGGAGUAAUUGAAGGGAUUUACAUGGUAAAAUGUGCCUGUGAGCCAGAUGGGCUGUAGAAGGUUGUUUUCCUAUAUGUUUAAAAAUUAAAGCUCUACUCUCCCCAGCCCCAACCUCUGCUAGAAAAUGGGCCAUAAUUAAACUGACUUGACAGGUUAAAAGUCCCUGCUCUAGGUGCCCAUGAAUAGUAGUCACACAUUUUAUGGAUUUCAUGGCAGAGAUGAGUUAUCUGUGAUGAUACUAAAUAGAGGCAAUACUAACUCACUUCAUUAGAUGUCAGGUCUAUUGUCUGUUUUUAUAGCACUGAUGGUACCGUUUUAUUUAUUACCAAAUAGACAACAACACUCACAUCUGGUUUUCCUCAAGGGGAUAGUAUGUGCUUUGGAUUGAAGGAUAGUUUAAUCUAUUUGGUACUGUCCAGAAUAUUGUUAAACUAUAAUUUCCUGGGUUGCAUUUUUAGAUGGGUUGUUUGCAUGGUGGCAAAAUAAGCGUUUUCCUCUUGCCUACAUCAUUUGGAAGGUUUUAUCAUAUAUAAACUUUCUAGUUAUGGCUUAUUCUUGCUGUCAGAACUUGGCAUGCAGCUCUCGACUAUUUUUAUGAGCAUGAAUGCAGACUGGCGACGGGGCUAAGAAGUAGGGCUUGAGGCUCAAGCAGAAACCGAAGCUCUCAAAAGAAUGGAAGUGCCUUCUGCAGUACAUGAUCAGCAGUGAGGAGGGUGGGAUAAAAACCCAUCUCAUUACAAAGGGCAGCACAAUUUGAAGGCAUCUGUGUCCUCAGGUUAGCAACCCUGGGGUUCAUCUGCUCAAACUAGAAGGCUUCUGAACUUCCUUGAUCAGCUCUAGGCCUCACAGUUUGGGAAAAGUGACCAGUAAGAAAACACCAUUGCUAUUCUUUCUGUUGGAAACUGUUAGAAAUUAUGCUGAACUCCAAACCCCAUGUGGAAUCCAGCAGCCUGGCCAAGCUAUGUGUCAUUCUCAUUUAUGUCCUCACACUCAGGACUGGCUUUGUGAGGAGACACUGUUGGGAUUCCAGAGCUUUCUGUUAUGAAUUGGCCACACAUGCAAGUUUGCUGUCUGCAUGCACUGUUCCUCAUAGGAGCUAGCGCUUAAUUAGUAUUUAUUUUUUAUUCAUUUAAGGUGUAAGCUUAGUGUCCUAAUAUAUUUUUGGAAAGGACCAACUUACUAUACAUCUUAUUUUUUGAGCCUGCAUUGUUGAUACCUCGUGCAGUGACCACUGAGAAACUAUAUACCUAUGUGUUAGAUAUUGAUUACAUCAUUUGCAUCACAUUGAGUAUUUGUAAUUAAAGAUGUGAAUAUUCUGUGACCAGAACCAGGUUUGACACAGAUGGAAUCAGCUUAUGAUGGAGUGAAAAUCCUGAAAAAUCUGGUCACCUGAUCCACAGCAUCUGGACUGAGUGUAUUUUAACAAAGAAAUUAAAUGAUUU